AUGAAAGUCAAUGUCUGUGUUUGUUUUCAGUCAAUCCAAAGUUGUCCAUUUGAUUCAACACCGAUUGAGAGAAAAUUUCCCGAAAAUGAAGCCAUUCUUGCAUUGGUUCAGUUAAAUGGUUGUCCAAAUGGCUCGCAUUCGGCACAACAACAACACAACUCAAGACCUAACGAUAGGUCAACCGUUGGUCAGAGUUAUGAUUGCGUUGAGAUCAAAGACAUUCCCUAUUUCCGCAAAUGUGUCGAUUGUAUUAAACAGAUGGCAUUUCUUUUGCGACCUCAACAUCAAAGUCAAGCAUUGUCUCGUCCGAUGCAACGAAAACUAAUAACACUAUUGCACUGUCAGGUGGUUGAAGGCGAGUGUCGGACCCGUGCCCUCAGAAAUGCCCGAUCUAUUGGUGAACGAGCUUUGGGUGAACUUCUUGUUAAACAUCAAGACUCACAUCAAUUGAGUUCCAAUUUAUGGGCGGCUGUGAGGGCUCGGGGAUGUCAGUUCUUAGGACCGGCGAUGCAGGAGGAAGUGCUUCGAUUAGUGUUAUUAGCACUGGAAGAUGGAAGUGCUCUUUCACGAAAAGUUUUGGUUAUGUUUGUUGUUCAACGAUUGUCGCCUCACUUUCCACAUCAGGCCAGCAAAACAGCUAUAGGACACGUCAUUCAACUUUUAUAUCGCGCCUCUUGUUUUAAGUUGACUAAAAGAGAUAGCGAUUCUAGUUUAAUGCAAUUGAAAGAAGAGUACUGUUCUUAUGAAGCAUUAAGACGAGAACACGACACACAAAUCGUUUCGAUAGCACUCGAGGCCGGACUCAGGAUAUCACCCGAUCAAUGGUCAUCACUGUUAUACGGCGACAGUCACCACAAGUCGCACAUGCAGUCAAUUAUAGAUAAACUUCAAUCACCCGCUUCUUUUGCUCAAUCGAUACAAGAGUUUAUUAUUGCUCUUCAAAGGACGGGUGAUCCAUGCGGUUUGGUCGCCAUUAAACAACCUUUAGAGAGAUUAGCUAUUGUUGAUCCAAAUCCAUUAACUGUGACUCAUCCGACUCUUGAGGAAUUAGGCGAUGCUCUUGAAUGCGCUAAAGUUGUAAUCUUUCAGUUGAUUGAAUUCUUACAACGAUUUGGUUCAUCGCAUAACAAUCUAUCAAAUAAUAACAUCAAUAGAAAUAAAUUAAUAACAAAUAUCACUCAAAACAGUAAUCAAAGACAAAGAGUGAAUCGCGUUCGGCCUUUAAUUGAUGAGCAAUCGAUUUCAAGACAAUUAAGUUCAGAGCCUUUUCCAUCAAUGAAUGUAUUAUCUCCUACAGCAGCCCGUCAUCCAUCCAUACCAACUGUUAUCAGGCCGUGUGUGUCAGUGCAACCCUCGAGAAUUAUCGGUGCCACCAAUUUGAUGGUUUCACCGACACUGGCAAUGAGUCCGCAUUCACUCUUAUCUGCGACACCAGGAGAUAGUGAUAUAGGAGCAGUCGAUUCGAGUUUUGAACCCCAUUUGAAUACUUUAUCUUCAAUAUCUCUUCCUGUUUUAGUUACAACUACAGCCUCGCAUACAUUGAUCCAAAAUACCCCUCCAAUCGGCGCAUCCCUACUAACGUGUGGAACUAAUACCACUACUAUUCCACCCUCUCUUCCCUCAGAAGACGAUCAAAUUAUCCCAUUCUCUGAUCGUCCAUUUGUUUCUAAGUACGGUCCGGUACGAUCCAAAUACGGCGUUAAUCUUAUCAACACACCCACAAUGACUGGACUGGGGAAUGGUAUGUCCCAGCAAAUGACAGUGCCUGGAACGCAUCCAACGAAUGUGAUCUUAGGUCGAUCUGCGGUGCCAUCGUUAACACUGAUCCAACCAUUACAAAUACUAACCACUACUUUUCUAACGGAUCCUAAUUCUAACUCACAAUACGGAAGGACUUUCAUUCCAGAUCCAACCUAUCAGAGCACAUAUGUUUCAGGGCUUAUGGAUUUAGAGACGGGAGAUAAUUAAUUCAAUAGUCUAAAGGGAUAAAACAUAUAAUAAGUUGUUUAUCAGAUUAUGUCUUAAGAUUAUUAUUAUAUUAAUAUUAUUACAAUAUUUUUUUUAAAUGUCA